UAUACAUCUAUCCAAUCUCAUAUGCAUGGAUUUAAAAAAUUUAAGCAAUGCCUAUUCCACUAAAGAUCUUACCAAAAUAUUAUAAAUUUUUUAGCUAUCAACUUCAAAAAUUUUUGCUGCGAGGAAGAUAUAGAUAUCAACCAUGUAAAUUUUUAUAUAAUCACUAUUCCACCAAUCCUGCACCAAAAGGAUUCGAGAAAUAUUUUCCUAAUCAAAAACCCUCACAACCAAAUAAAAAAUCUGAAAAUGAAACAAAUCCUCCUAAAAAAGAAUCCAAAUCACUCCCACCACCUAAACCUAAUCCAUCAACUGAUAAAAAAAAGAGUGAAUGGAACUUUGAAUUUACAUUUGGAUCUGGAAAGGGGGGAAAUAAUGUCAAAUUAACUGCUCUAGCUUUGCUUGCUGGUAUAGGUUCUGCUGCAUUAGUAGCCUUCUAUGAAAUGCGGUACAAAGAGAUUACAUGGAAAGAAUUUGUUAACGAUUAUCUUGACAAAGGAUUGGUCGACAAAUUGGAAGUUGUCAACAAGAAAUGGGUGAGGGUAGUUAUGAGGAGCCCCGAAGGUGCUGUUCAUCGAUCCUUUUUUGGGUUCGGUUUACCUCAAAGUCCUCAACCUAACGAGAAUUUAGAAACGCCGCCUAGUUCUGGCGGAUCUGCGAGUCCUACUAAUUCCAACAUAAUUCCGUGGUUCAUGAUAGGAAGCGUGGAUAGCUUCGAAAGAAACCUGGAACACUUGCAAAACGAUCAAAAACAUCAAUCACUCACUGGCCAGAGUUUCGUUAACGUCAUCUAUAAAACUGAAUUCGAAGGAUCAACCCUGACCGGACUCAUACCGACCCUGGUGUUUCUCGGAUUGUUCAUUUGGAUGUGGCGAAAGGGUGGAGCCGCCGGGGGUCUAGGAAUGGGUGGUGGCGGGAGACGAGCUGGCGGGUCGGGACCUGCCUCGCUUUUCGGUAUCGGGGAAAGUACGGCCAAGCUCGUCAAAGGGGAUACUCUCGGAGUCAAAUUCAAAGAUGUGGCAGGCUGCGAAGAGGCCAAAAUAGAGAUCAUGGAAUUCGUCAAUUUUCUCAAAAAUCCUCAGCAAUACACAGAUUUGGGAGCGAAAAUACCCAAGGGCGCUCUUUUGACGGGGCCACCUGGCACGGGUAAAACUCUCUUGGCCAAAGCCACAGCCGGGGAAGCUAGCGUCCCUUUCAUAACCGUUUCCGGUUCCGAAUUUUUGGAAAUGUUUGUCGGAGUCGGGCCUUCCAGGGUGAGAGAUAUGUUCGCCUUAGCCAAGAAAAAUUCCCCUUGCAUUCUUUUCAUCGACGAAAUCGACGCCGUUGGCCGCAAGAGAGGGGGCAGGUCUUUCGGGGGGCACAGCGAACAGGAAAACACGCUCAAUCAGCUGCUAGUCGAGAUGGACGGCUUCAAUACCGCGACCAACGUAGUUAUUCUGGCAGCGACUAAUAGGUUAGACAUAUUGGAUCCGGCCUUGCUAAGGCCGGGAAGAUUCGACAGACAAAUAUACGUUGGAGCUCCCGAUAUCAAAGGAAGAGCCUCGAUAUUCAAAGUGCAUUUAGGCCCCUUGAAAUCUUCUCUGGAUAAGAAUCAACUCUCUAGGAAGAUGGCCGCUCUUACACCCGGUUUUACGGGUGCCGAUAUCGCAAAUGUCUGCAAUGAGGCGGCUCUUAUCGCGGCUCGAGAUUUGAACGUGGAAAUCAAUCUCAAACAUUUCGAACAGGCCAUAGAGAGGGUUAUAGCCGGUAUGGAAAAGAAAACGCGCGUUCUACAACCGGAGGAAAAAACCACCGUCGCCUAUCACGAAGCGGGCCACGCAGUCGCUGGCUGGUUUUUGGCGGAGGCCGAUCCACUUUUAAAAGUUAGUAUAAUACCUCGCGGCAAAGGUCUCGGUUACGCUCAAUACCUUCCCAAAGAACAAUACUUGCUCUCGCAAGAACAGCUGUUGGACCGGAUGUGCAUGACCUUGGGUGGGCGCGUCUCCGAACAAAUAUUUUUCGGUAAAAUAACGACGGGUGCUGCUGACGACCUUCAGAAAAUCACUCAGAUGGCGUAUUCCCAAAUAGUCAAAUUCGGCAUGAACGAAAAAAUCGGACCCAUAUCCUUCGAAUCGGCCCAAGACCGGGGUGAAAUGGCAUUCGAUAAACCGUACAGCGAGUCGACGGCGCAAAUGAUCGACGAAGAAGUCCGAAUUCUCGUUAAUAAGGCCUACCAAAAAACUUUGGCAUUGCUCACCGAUAAAAAAGAUCAAGUUGAAAAGGUGGCAAAAAGGUUGUUAGAAAAGGAAGUGAUUAACAGGGAGGAUAUGAUAGAACUUUUGGGACCCAGGCCUUUCAAAGAAAAAUCUACAUACGAAGACUUCGUUAAAGAUACCGGUUCCUUCGAAGAAGAUGUAAACUUACCUGCCGGCCUUAAAGAUUGGAAUACCGUUAGACCAGCCCAAGACCCUGACGCCAAAGACCCACCCGAUCCAGAAAAUGAUAACUUAGACGAGAAGCUCGCCCCUUCUCCCAUUCCAGAAAAGGUUGAAUUGGCUAAUAAGCUUGCGGGGCAAAAGAAUGUUGAACCCACGGAGAAAAUCAGUAAAGAAGCCAGGGUUAAAGUGGGCAUAUCUCCAGAAGAGCUUAUGAGCAUACAAUCCAUCAUCAAAUGCGUUUAAAACGCGAAAUUCUACCUUAAUUUUAUACUUGUUUUCCUUAUUAACUCAAAUUUUUAUACAAAAUCGUGUUCACGGAUAAUAUUCGUCAUAUAAAUUACCUUAAAAAACGAGAAAAUUUUUUUUUUUAAAUAU